ACUUUUAAAAAAUACAUGUCUUUAAUAUCUUUUAAUGUGAACGGAGGAAGGCGGUUUUUGAAGUGUGAAAUAUUCAAUCGGUCUUCAGACAUGCCAGUCCAGCCCUCUGUGAAGGAGCCAGAAGACAUGGAGGCAGGAGAGUCUGAACUCCCUGAGGCCAACGGCGAUCUGGAGGAACUGCGGAAUAGGGAAGGAGCAGGGGAGGAGAUCAUGGAGGAGAGCUUGGAGGAGAGAGACAGCGACUUGGAGGAGAGUGAUGAGGGAGAGGAGGAAGAAGAAGAGGAGGAGGAGGAGGAGGAAGAAGAGAGUUCAGAGAUGGACGACGAGGACUGUGAGAGGAGGCGAGGAGAGUGCCUCGACGAGAUGUUGGAUUUAGAAAAGCAGUUUCAUGAGCUGAAGGAGAAGUUGUUCCAGGAGCGGCUGAAUCAGGUCAAAGUGAAGCUGGAUGAGGUGUUGACAGGGAAGGCCAGCGAGUACAGAGAACCGCUCGCUGCACUGCAGAACAGCAUGCAGAUUCGCACACAAGUGGCGGGAGUGUACAGAAACCUGACUCUGCAGGGGAUCAAACACAAGCAUGACUGUGAAGUACAAGGAGCAAAACAGCACAUGGAGAGUGAGCGUUCACUGCUGUUUGACACCAUGAAGUCAGAGCUGCUGGAAAAGAUCCGGCGGCUGGAAGAGGACCGGCAGAGCAUAGACUUCAGCUCAGAGUGGAGUGAUGAGACGAGGAGCAAGAAGUGUAAAAGGAAGAACUUGUUUGGUCGGUCGGAGAGGAAAAAGAAAGUAGCUCUGGUUUCAGGGCCGUUUAUUGUCUACAUGUUGAGAGACAUUGACAUCCUCGAAGACUGGACCGUGAUCAAAAAGGCAAAAGCAGCAGUGUCACCAGUAAAAAAGAAACUUGAAAAACGCUCAACAGUUCUUGCUGCACCUUGACGCCUCACAGCUGCU